AUGUUCGUCCUCAUCAGAAGGAACGAAGUGCAGGAGUUCAAGCCACUGCUGAAUUCCAUCUUCCCUGACAUCCAGUUCACUGUCGAAGAAGAGGACAACAACCAGUUACCCUUCGCCGACGUACAGGUGACGAAGCUAGAAGGUAAGAUAGGGCCAAUGCUUUAUCGUAAGGCAAACAACACUAUGCGCAUCGUACACUUUAGAAGCAACCACUUUGUUGGGCACAAACGCAGUUGUGUUCGGACCCUCUUCCCACGCGUUCAGACACACUGCAGCGACGACAGUGGGAAGAAGGAGGAGGUUAAAACAUUUUAUGCGCCCUUCGAAGCUAACGGUUAUGCAAAGUCCAAAGUCUUAAGAAGCCCCAGCUUGAGCUAUCCCUUAUGUGAAGAACUUAUCCGAGGCGACUGCAAGAAUCCUGAAGCCAUUCGGGAU